CUCCUCCCGCCCCGGAAGUGCUUCUGCGUGGCGUGUUCCCCCUCGCUCCCCCCUCGCUCGUCUCCCCGCACUUCCGCUGGGGCCGGAGCCAAGGGAGGGCGACGCGGCUGCAGCCGGAGAGGAGCGCCCCGAUCCCCACCGCCAGCGGGAGAGAGCAGGAGGCGACAGCGGCACCCGCGGGAGCAGUGAACCGGAAACCAAAAUGACGGACUCGAAGUACUUCACCACCACCAAGAAAGGGGAGAUAUUUGAGCUGAAGGCUGAGCUCAACAGCGACAAGAAGGAGAAGAAGAAAGAGGCUGUGAAGAAGGUGAUCGCGUCUAUGACGGUGGGCAAAGAUGUCAGUGCUCUCUUUCCAGACGUCGUGAACUGCAUGCAGACUGACAACUUGGAGCUGAAGAAGCUGGUUUACCUGUACCUGAUGAACUACGCCAAGAGCCAGCCGGACAUGGCCAUCAUGGCGGUCAACACCUUCGUCAAGGACUGUGAAGAUCCCAACCCCCUCAUUCGGGCCCUGGCUGUCCGCACGAUGGGCUGCAUCCGCGUCGAUAAGAUCACAGAGUAUCUCUGUGAGCCCUUGAGGAAGUGCCUGAAGGAUGAAGACCCUUAUGUGCGCAAGACGGCGGCCGUUUGCGUGGCUAAGCUCCAUGAUAUCAACGCGCAGCUGGUGGAGGACCAAGGCUUUCUGGACACCUUGAAGGACCUCAUCUCAGACUCCAACCCUAUGGUGGUAGCUAACGCUGUAGCAGCCCUCUCGGAGAUAGCAGAGUCUCACCCAAGCAGCAACCUGCUCGACUUGAACCCUCAGUCCAUCAACAAGCUGCUGACUGCCCUGAACGAGUGCACAGAGUGGGGCCAGAUCUUCAUCCUGGACUGCCUGGCCAACUACAUGCCGAAGGAUGACCGCGAGGCCCAGAGCAUCUGUGAGCGGGUGACGCCCCGGCUGUCCCAUGCCAACUCUGCCGUGGUCCUUUCGGCUGUGAAAGUGUUGAUGAAGUUCAUGGAGAUGCUGUCGAAGGACUUGGAUUAUUACGGCACCUUGCUGAAGAAACUGGCUCCCCCGCUGGUCACCCUGCUGUCGGCAGAGCCUGAGCUGCAAUAUGUGGCCCUCCGGAACAUCAACCUCAUCGUGCAGAAAAGACCCGAAAUCCUCAAGCACGAGAUGAAAGUCUUCUUCGUGAAGUACAACGACCCGAUCUACGUCAAACUGGAGAAGCUGGAUAUCAUGAUCCGCCUGGCUUCCCAAGCCAACAUUGCACAGGUCCUCGCUGAGUUGAAGGAGUACGCGACGGAAGUGGACGUGGACUUCGUGAGGAAAGCUGUCCGAGCGAUUGGCCGGUGUGCCAUUAAGGUCGAGCAAUCGGCGGAGCGCUGUGUGAGCACGUUGCUCGACCUCAUCCAGACCAAGGUCAACUACGUGGUGCAGGAAGCCAUCGUUGUCAUCAAGGACAUUUUCCGCAAGUACCCCAACAAGUAUGAAAGCGUGAUCGCCACCCUGUGCGAGAACCUUGACUCCCUUGACGAGCCUGAGGCCCGAGCUGCCAUGAUCUGGAUCGUGGGCGAGUACGCGGAGCGCAUCGACAACGCGGAUGAGCUUCUAGAGAGUUUCCUGGAGGGAUUCCAUGACGAAAGCACCCAGGUGCAGCUGCAGUUGCUGACGGCCAUUGUGAAGCUGUUCCUGAAGAAGCCCACCGAGACCCAGGAGCUGGUCCAGCAGGUCCUCAGCUUGGCUACACAGGAUUCAGAUAACCCCGACUUGAGGGACCGUGGCUACAUCUAUUGGCGCCUGCUUUCUACAGAUCCCGUGGCGGCCAAGGAGGUGGUUCUGGCGGAGAAGCCGCUCAUCUCCGAGGAGACGGACCUGAUCGAGCCGACCCUCUUGGACGAGUUGAUCUGCUACAUCGGCACCCUGGCCUCCGUCUACCACAAGCCCCCCAGCGCCUUCGUGGAGGGGAGCCGAGGCAUCGUGCAGAAGAGUCUCCCUCCGCGGACGGGCUCGAGCGAAAGCGCAGAGAGCCCUGACAUUGCUCCAGCGGGGGCUCCCCAACCCGAGCAGCCGGCUGUCAUCCCAACGCAGGGUGACCUCUUGGGGGAUUUGCUGAACCUCGACCUGGGACCCCCUGUGAGUGGCCCUCCGAUCACCACGUCGUCGGUGCAGUUGGGUGCUGUCGAUCUUCUCGGCGGUGGCUUGGACAGCCUGAUGGGGGACGAAUCCGAAGGGAUGGGAGGCCCCAGCUUUGCAGCGCCCAGUGCGGUCAUGCCCUCCAACUUGGGUGCCCCCCUUGGCGGGGGCUUGGGAGACCUCUUCGACCUGGCCAGUGGCGUGGGCACUUUGUCCGGAUCCUACGUAGCUUCCAAAACGGUCUGGCUCCCAGCAGUGAAGGCCAAGGGUCUGGAGAUUUCGGGUACCUUCAGCCGGCAGGUGGGCUCUAUCUCUAUGGACCUCGUGCUGUCAAACAAGGCCCUCCAGGUCAUGUCUGACUUCGCCAUCCAGUUCAACCGGAACAGCUUCGGCUUGGCCCCCGCAGCGCCUCUCCAGGUCCACGCCCCCCUUGCCCCGAACCAGAGCGUAGAGCUCUCUCUCCCGCUCAGCACCAUUGGCUCGGUCAUGAAGAUGGAUCCCCUGAACAACCUCCAGGUGGCUGUGAAGAAUAACAUAGACGUAUUCUACUUCAGCACCCUCUUCCCUCUGCACAUCCUCUUUGUGGAAGAUGGGAAAAUGGAGCGACAGAUGUUCCUGGCCACCUGGAAGGACAUUCCCAACGAGAACGAAGCACAGUUCCAGAUCAAAGACUGCCCUCUCAGCACAGACACAAUUAGCAGCAAGCUUCAAGGCAGCAACAUCUUCACCAUUGCAAAGAGGAAUGUUGAAGGUCAAGACAUGCUGUACCAGUCGCUCAAGCUGACCAACGGCAUCUGGGUCCUGGCCGAGCUGCGAAUCCAACCAGGGAACCCCAACUUCACGCUUUCCCUGAAGUGUCGUGCACCCGAAGUCGCCCAGCACGUUUUCCAGGCCUAUGAAACCAUCCUGAAGAACUGAAGUCUCUGCCUGCCCUCACCCUCCCUCCCUCCCUCCCAUCACCUCCCCCUCCCCGAAGCGGUGGUGAUUUCGUCGGGACCAGAACCCCUCCAGGCUGCCUCUCUCUAUGUCCACAGAAGGAAUCAACCCCUGAGAUGCAAGCCGUAUUCUCAACCCUUCCAGAAGGAUGGCAUUGAUCACCUAAGAACUGGGAAGGGGGGGAAGAGAGAGAGAGAGAGAGAGAGAGAGUUGAAAGUAGCCAGGAUUUGAGUCUUCAGCUUCAGGGGAACGGAGAGGUGUUGGGAAGAUCUCCAGAGGGGAUGGGAGACCGUGCUGCACAUCUGUCUCUGUGAGGGUGGGUGGGUGUAAACUUUAAAGUCAUGCCAUGUGUCCCCUGUGCUGACGUCCUGCCCUUUCUCAAGAGCCCUGUACUCUCUUUCCCCCCCUUUGUUGCCCUUUGUACGUGUACAGAAAUUGACAGGCAGUGUGAGCUCAUACACCAUACUGCAGCUACACGGGGGGGGGGGAUAUCCCAUGCACCUUGCUCUCUUGCUAAAGUCUCCCAACUGAAUAAACAAUCAAAUGCUCUGCUAGGGAAAAAA